AUGGACGAGACAUCUCCCGCUCGGGCGGAGGAUGGGAAGGAGUCCAAUGCCUCCAAAGGCGAGCGUGAGGCUUCUGCAGGACCCAAGGCCCUGGCCGUCAAGAACAAACAGUGCCCCUACUGCAGCCAGACGUUCACCUCGUCCUCCCUUGGCCGCCAUCUGGACCAGUACCUGUACAAGAAGAAGCCGGACGGGGUUCACAAUGUGGAAGAAAUCAGGCAGCUUCGCAGCAGUAUCACUCGACGGACGGCUCGCGGUGGGACAAAGCAGGGCAGCCCUGAGGCCACCACGUCUGGGUCUGCGGCCGCAACCGCCUCUGCAGCAGGCCUAGAUCCGCAUUCUGUUGCUCCGUUGCAGCUCAACUCAGGCCCCUCGGGGGGCAAGGGAUAUCGCCUUUUCAUCAACCAGCCAACAUGGCAUUCUACCGGCGUAAUCAACGACAUUCCGAAUUCCUCGCCGGUUUCGCAAUUGCGGCUUCCUUCAACUUCUCUGGAGAGGUCCAACCGGUUGACCAGCUCGAGCUCCACGGAGACUACCAGGGCAUUGGAACUGGCCCUGAGAGAGGUCCUGGAUAGCGUGAAAGCAGCAGCAGCCAGCAGCCAUACGCCAUCGCUCUCUCCGUUUGACUUCGACCUCCAGUCACAGACGUUUCCUGCCCUGUGCCUUCAGGCUCUACCGCAUCCUCCGAGCCUCUUUUCUACACAUCCGUUUCCGUCGCCGAACUCCUUCCCCAUUGACCCUCCGAGCGCGAACCAGCGAGAGAUUGUACAACAAGCGUUGCGCGCUCAAGUCCACCAAUGGAAAUAUGACCAGCUGGCUGCCGCUAGCUCGCCAACACAGACUGCGUCAACGCCAGUGUCAUAUCAAACCCAGCCAUCAAGCCAAGAUGCGAGCAUGGUCGAAAGGAUAGCCUAUCAGCAUGAGGAAACGAUUCCUCGGCACCUGGACCUAUCGUUGAAGAAUUGGAUAGAGCUUUCCCCUGUCGCUCAACGGGAGCUAUGGCAUCUAGAGAUAGUACGAGCAUUUGCAAGAGAGGCCGAGAAAAGGAAGAAGAUCGAGGCCCAGUUGCACCGCACACAGCAGGAAGCGAACCAAUUGCGUGCACAGGUCGAGAAACUCGCGUCUUGCCAGUGGCCUAGAGAAUUUGCGAUAUUCCCCCCGAAUUUACUACCAAUAUCGCCAGAUGUCGCCAGGGAACUUGACAGGCACGAUAGCAGGAUUCACUCUCCUGACUCGUCAAAAUGGGACUACGAUAAUCUUGUAGCUAAGUGGCAGCGUGUUGUCAUGCAUGAUAGAUCUAUGGGCCGCAGCGGCGUGGGUGGCCUUGAUAAUACCAACACAGAAGUUACAAACCAGCACAGCCUCCCUCGCCAGCCUUAUUCAACACGGGUGGCCUCGCCCCUGCAAAGAAGCAGCCAGCUGCCACCUCCGUUGUCCAACUCACCGAUACCCCAACAGCCCUACCAACGACACCCUCCUCCUCAGUCUCCGGUAAAACACUCACCUCGCCACGAAGAGAGGGAAGCCAACGAAUCAACUGAACAUUUCCGGGCCCCAAAACGACCACGUCCACAUGAGGAACAACCCGCAACCAGGUUUUCUAGCCCAGGAAGUUCGUCACCCAGGUACGCCUGGAACCACCCACCGACCCACGAAUCGUUUUCAGCGCCUCAGAAUCGAUCCAACUCAGUCCUAUCACCGACGCUUCCUCGCGGCCCUGCGUUUCCAGUCGGCUCUGUCACGCCAUCUACUCCCCCAGGAACAGGAAACAUUGCUAAAUCCUCAGGCCCAGCUGAAGGCCCCGCUCCUCCACUUUGGCUGCCCAGCACUUCUGGUCCUACAGAUGGAAGUGCUGGCUCUGAGAAGGUGGAAGCAUCCCCAAAAACACAGUAUUCCCCACAAGAACCAGAUACUCGAGAAUCACGUUAA